AUGGAGAUACAAGAAGGAGCUGUGGAGCUGGAGCCCAAGCCCUGCAGGCAGCUAGCCCAGGCUGCAAAGGAGCCACUAGCAUCCUCUGGACUGCGCUGGCCACGCUCACGGCUGCAACAAGAGGGGCUCUCACGGCGCCCCAAAGCCCAGAGGGCUAAAGGGCCGCAGGCUUUGAAGACCUUGCCCGGGGUCACGGCAGCCCCAGACCCUGUUGAGAGCAGCCCCCAUCUCCCUGAGCUGUCACCCGAUGAUGAUGCAGAGGCCUACCUGGCCUCAUUUGAACGGGUGGCCGAGACGUGCCGCUGGCCUCGCAGGGAGUGGGUGACACGGCUGGUGCCGGCACUGAGUGGCAAAGCCCAGCAAGCCGUGAGCAGCCUGGCAGCAGGGGACGCGGGGGACUACGGGAAGGUGAAAGCGGCCAUCCUGCGUGGUUGCAGUGUGGGCACGGAGAUGCGGCGGCUCCGCUUCCGGCAGUUUCGAUACCAGGAGGCUGCGGGGCCACGUGAUGUCUACCAGCGCCUACGGGAGCUGUUGCACUGCUGGCUGCAGCCCGAGAUGCGCACCAAAGAGCAGAUCAUGGAGCUCCUCAUCCUUGAGCAGUUCCUCAGCAUCCUCCCCGAGGAGAUCCAGAGUUGGGUCUGGGUCCGGCACCCCGAGUCAUGUGCCCAAGCCGUGGCCCUGGCCGAGAGUUUCCAGCUGGGACAGCAAGAGGCCAGGAUCUGGGAGCAACAGGUCACAGUGCGCGUGAAGGUCGAGGAGGUGACCCCAGAGGACAUGGGGAGUCCUGAAAACGUGUGGGAGUCUCAGAGUCCCCCAUCAGAGCCACCUCAGCUCAUCUCUGAUGACAAUUCCCAGGAGCAAGUGGCACGGAGCAAGUUCAAGUUUCCCCAUGUCCCUGAGGAUGACGUGCAGAGCCUGCAAGAAACAGGUCCCGGGAUGGGAAGCAGAGGAGAAGACCAGACCAUUUUGCAAAGGCAAGAGACUCUGCAUCUACCCAGGGCCCUCCAGGGUGGCUCUGAUGGGAUUGUGGUCCAGAAACCCAUGCAAAGAGAGAUCUACAGGAGGCAGAAAGGGAUCCCACGGGAUCCCUCAGUCUUCCCGCAACCCCCUAGCCAAGGGCUGCUGGGGACUGUGAGGGACAUCAGGAGUCAGGAGAAUGGUGCCCACCGGCCAGAAAAGCCCCACCGCUGCCGUGACUGUGGGGAGCGUUUCUGGGUGAAGCACGAGCUGGCAGCACACAUGAAGAUGCACGAGAAGGAGCGUCCCUACCCUUGCGCCGAGUGUGGGAAGAGCUUCAACAGACUGACUCACCUCAAGACCCACCAGCGGACCCACACAGGGGUGAAGCCCUACUCGUGUGGUGAGUGCGGCAAGAGCUUCGGGCAUCUCUCGACACUGACCACCCACCAGCGCCUGCACACAGGUGAGCGGCCCUACUCUUGCGGUGCCUGCUCGAAGACCUUCACCAACCCCUCAGACCUCAACAAGCACCAGCGCUCACACACGGGUGAGCGGCCCUACCCCUGUGCCGAGUGCGGCAAGCGCUUCAGUCAGCAGUCCAACCUCACCAUGCACCAGCGGAGCCACACCGAGGAGCGGCCCUACCCCUGCAGCGAGUGUGGCAAGAGCUUCAAGUACUUGGCGGACCUCACGGUGCAUGAACGGUCGCACACAGGCGAGCGUCCCUUCCCCUGCCCGCAGUGUGGCAAGAGCUUCAGCAACAAGUCCUCCCUCGCUCGACACACGCGGAUCCACGCCAGGGCUGCGGCCAGGAAUAAGUGACAGGUGGCCAGCUACAGGUGCCUGCUCCUACAGGCAACGGACAGGAAGAGGAGGGCAAAGCCACUUCAUCCCUACUCUCUUCACUUGUGCCACUUCCUCGGGCCCUGUGAGCUCUCCAGCGGAGAAGCAGAGGAUGACUAUGGGCUCUUCACCUGAACAUGAGGAUUUGGCGCGCGGGGUGGUCCUGCACUCGCUCAGCCAGCAGCAGAGCAGCCCAUCCCUAUGUUUGCUCCCAAUUUUCUCAACGGUCAUGUGUGAGCCGGCUCUGCCGUGUAUUUUUCUCUUCUGGGAGUUGUCUCCAUGGGUUUUCUCUGUGCCAGGACAUUACUGGAGCUGGAAGCCCGAAGGAGGUCUCACAUGGGUUGCAGUCAAGAUGAGUUGACGAGUGACAUCCUCCCGCUCCCCACUGCCAAGGUCCUGCAAGCCCAGCGGAUCCAAUACCUUCAAGAACAUACUUGGCAUUUCUUGGACGUUUUCUCAGCCAUUCCCUUGGCCAUUCCUUCUGGGCACGUGGUUCUCCUCCAUGCUCCAGCUGAAAGAUCUCCUUCACCGCUGCCCCCAGCUCCUGCCCCAUUGCUGUGCCCAAAGCCUACUGCCCAGACACCCCAUCAUCCCUCUGCCCAGGUGGCCCAUCCCACCAAACUAUGUAUUUCCAUUCACAACUUACUCCUUAUUCCUUUCGAUAUUUAUUCAUUACUCCCUUGGCUUUCCUCACCCACCACCCCCCUUUCUCUAGGCCAGACCCACUUUGGUUCAAGGAAGCUGCUCCAUCUGCCCUGUCCCACCACAGUGAGUGACUCCCGGCCCGUGAUGCCGGUAGCAAACUCCCUGCAUGCAGGGCCUUAAAUUUUGAAGACUGACCUACCUCAUCUGCUGCUUCUCUGAAUUUCCAGGACUUUAUUUGAAUGCCUGAUCACUUGAAACGCGCUUUCUAGCAGUUACUGCUUUGUUUUCUACUUGCGUGCUCCAUGUUUGUGCAGAAAUGUCCUCCCUGCUGCCCUCCAUGGGUCUCUGUUGCCAUCUGCCCUGCUCUAGGUUUAUUCUGCCGUCCUGCUGCC